AAGCAAGUUGAUCAAAUUACAACACUAUAUUCAUCCUCCGAAACACUGAUCUACAUUUUUCAUUUCUCAGCAUAUGAAAGAUGGCUAAAGUUUUAGAAAACUUUGAAUCAGAAAUCAAAUACGACAGGAAGAGUGAAUUAAAGACUUUCGAUGAUACAAAAGCUGGUGUAAAAGGUCUUGUAGAUGCUGGGGUCACAAAAAUCCCCAGAAUCUUCAUCCAUGAUAAGAUCACUGACACGCCAUUUGAAGGAAACGAUAAGCACACUAUACCAAUCAUAGAUUUGAAAGGCAUUGAUAAAGACCCGAGCUUACGCAGAGAGGUUAUAGAUAAACUUCGAGAAGCCUGUGAGAAAUGGGGUUUCUUUCAAUUGAUCAAUCAUGGAAUUCCUGCAACUGUUUUGGAUGAAAUGAUAGACGGGAUGCGUAGAUUUCAUGAACAAGAAACUGAGGUGAAGAAACACUUCUUCACAAGGGAUGAAACAAGGAAGGUGAUUUAUAACACUAACUUUGAUUUCUAUCAAGCCAAGGCAGCUAAUUGGAGAGAUUCUUUAUACUGUUCAAUGGCUCCUAAUCCACCAAAUCCUGAAGAACUGCCUCCAGUAUGUAGAGACAUCAUGAUGGAUUACUCCAACAAAGUAAUGAGCUUAGGAUUAAAAUUAUUCGAAUUACUAUCGGAGGCUCUUGGACUUCGUCCCAACCACUUGAAAGAUAUGGGUUGUGCAGAGGGACUUUACUUUAUUGGUCAUUACUAUCCAGCGUGCCCUGAACCAGGCUUGACUUUGGGUGCCACUAAGCAUACUGAUAGUGCUUUCCUUACAAUUCUUUUGCAAGAUAUACUAGGUGGUCUUCAAGUCCUUCAUGAAGAUCAAUGGUUUGAUGUUACACCUGUUGCUGGAGGUCUAGUAGUGAAUUUGGGAGAUCUAUCACAGUUAAUCAGCAAUGAUAAGUUCAAAAGCGUAUAUCACAGGGUAUUGGCAAAAGAUGUUGGACCAAGAAUUUCAAUUGCUUGCUUUUUCAGAACUCAUUUUGCAGAACGGACUUCCUCUAGGAUCUUUGCGCCGAUUAAGCAGUUGCUAUCAAAAGAUAAUCCUCCAGUAUACAGAGAAACAACUAUGGAAGAAUAUGUCACUAGAAUCUACUCAAAAGGGCUUGAUGGGACCUCAGGACUGAUGUACUUCAAACUGUAAAAUGUUACCGCAUCAACACUUUUCAACCUUAUGGUGUGUUUCUUUAAUUUCCUGAUCCCUGCAUGUAUCUCUCCAACUUCAAUCUCCUGCAACAGAUAUCAUUAUGUUUGGCACCCUUGUUUUAACAAUGAGACUCCGAAUGUACUGCAGAAUAACCAAGGAUCCACAAGAUUUAUCAAGUGUAGUACCAGCAUGGCAACAGUAACAGGAAGAUUCAGCUAAUUCAAAAGAAAUAAAACUAUUUCUUUUAAUGCAUUCAAAAGAUAUAAAAGUAAUUCUUUACAAACGAGACUUAAACUCGUUCAGAGGCCUUUUCAAUUAUGCUCUAAUUAAUAACUAUUUGGAUGAGCAUCUACUUCCUAAUUAGAUAAAGAAGACCAAGAUAUGCAGCUGGGAAAUUAGAAAUAGAAUCCUGUCUGCCGUUUCUGUUGUACAUAAUCUUUUCCCUACUUGGAAAGAAUAUAAUAUACAAUGUAGUUUAUGAUUUUGCCCUUAAAA